AUCAUUCACAAGCUCUCCACCUUUACUAUUACUCAAAUUUCUCCAAAAUCUUUGAAUAUGAAGAAGGGAAGUAGUUUUAUUGCAAUAUUGUUAGUCCUUUUUCUUAGUGAAUUGCUUGUCACGGAGGCCGUGACAUGCAGUGUUACAGAGCUAGUUCCAUGUGCCGCGGCGAUCCUGUCAUCACAACCACCCUCUAAGGAAUGUUGCAAUAAGUUGAAAGAGCAAAAGCCUUGUCUUUGUGGAUAUCUUAAGAAUCCAAGCCUUAAGCAAUAUGUCAACUCUCCUAAUGCCAAAAAAGUUGCUAAAACUUGUGGAGUAUCCACUCCAAGUUGUUAGGAUUCUAACAAAUAAAAAUUCACAAAUGAUGAUCAUUCAUGGAUGACCAGAAAACGCCUUUCGUUUUCCACACUUCCUCAAAGUGUCUAAACACUAUCAUCUAUAUAUGUAUGGCAUUAUAUUGUAACUUGUACUCAUUUUAUGUAUUCGUAAGCCAUGUUAGCUUUUUAGUGACACUUUUGUACUGAAAUAAAAUGGUUGUACUUCUAUCGUAAUAAUUGUCUAUUUCCCUACUUGUUGAAUCUUGUGUUGAUGCCAACUAGUUUGAGAAUAAAGAGUAAUUAAUUGAUAUAUUAAUA